UCAUGCUCUUGAGAUGCCUUCAAAACCCCCUGACUCUCCCCCCACCUCCCAAAGACUCUCUCUGUCUUUUUCUCUGCUGCUUCCUUGAAGGACACCUUCUUCUUACCAAGAGUCCUUUCCACUGCACCUUUGAGUGAUUCCUUCAAGUUUAUCAGAGUCAACAAAACAAGUUGAAGGACAGGAAGCUUAUAAUCAUUGGCCAGGAAGCUUGGCAGCAGCUGCUGGUGUGACUCACACAAACAGAGGUGCCCUUGGCUUUGCGUGUGGCAUUUCUGGGCAGGAAUGGUGUCCUCGAAUCUUCGAUUGGGUGAAUUUUGUUGAGUGGCCCUUAGGACCUCCUGAGAGUAGGCUUCAUUUCCAAGCUUGGUCAGCUUUGAUUUGAGAGUCACCUGGUUUGAUUCUGGGAGAAGGACAAAUGUUGGACAUCUUUAGCCUGGAGGAGAGAAGACUUCAGGGAGACGUGGCAGAUGUAUCUGAAGGAUGUCCUGGAAAGGUUGAACAAAAGUGUUUGGAGACGGUCCAGAAGGUCUGGCGCUCCAUCAGAUUAUCACCAUCACCGUCUCGCUCAUCAUGGUCAUCGCCGCGCUGAUCACGACCCUCGUCUUAAAAAAUUGCUGUGCGCAGAGGGGGAACGCCCGUCGGAAUGGCCACCAGCGGAAAAUUAAGCAGCAGGAAGAGAGUUGCCAAAACCUGACGGACUUUACUCCGGCCAGAGUGCCCAGCAACCUGGACAUCUUCACGGCCUACAACGAAACCCUGCAGUGUUCGCACGAGUGCGUGAGGACGCCCGUCCCGAUGUACGCUGAGGAGACGAUACUCUCCCCGGGAGACUACAAGACCUCCUUCAAUGGAAACAGGUGA